CAUGACAUCUAUGAGCGUAUCGAGGAUGGAAUUCGUAAAUUAUCUUCAAUCGCCUGUCUAGUCAACAACGUCGGUAUGAUCAAUCAACAUUGGGAAGAAUUCGGUUUGGAGCCGACCCUCACCACCGCAAAGAUCCAAAGAAUGAUCACAUGUAAUUCGAUUUCCACAGCGUGUAUGACGCGCGUCUUGCUGCCCCGUAUGCUGUCCCAAACUACCGGUUCAGCCAUUAUCAAUAUUUCUUCAGCCUCCUCACAGCUGCCACUACCAUACCAUGUUCUCUAUGCCUCAACCAAAGCGUUUGUUACCCAAUUCAGUGAUUGUCUGGAGGCAGAAUUGGAAAGGAGCUCCGUUAUUGUGCAGUGCUACUGUCCG